AUGAAGCUAUUCAAUCCAUUGCUAACCCUGCUUGCUCUUGGACUCACUGCCCAUGCAUACGAUGGUCCUCUGGUCUCCCUCGAUUAUGGUUCCUUCCAAGGCCAAUAUGACACCACAUACAAUCUCUCAUAUUUCCGCAAGAUCCCAUUUGCUGCAGCACCAACCGGUGAGAACCGGUUUCGCGCCCCUCAGCCUCCACUGAAGAUCACUGGUGUCUAUGAUUCUGAUCAAGACUUCGACAUGUGCCCACAGCGCACGGUCAAUGGCACAGAAGACUGUCUCCACCUCGGUCUGUUUUCACGGCCAUGGGAGGUAUCUCGGAGCACCAAGAGACCGGUCCUAGUGGUGUUCUACGGCGGAGCAUUUAUCCAAGGCAGCGCGUCGUUCACAAUACCCCCGUCAUCAUUUCCCAUACUGAAUGUGACCAAUAUCAACGACUACGUUGUCAUAUACGCAAAUUAUCGUGUCAACGCAUUCGGCUUCCUCCCAGGUAAGGCAAUCAAAGAUUCGCCAACUUCAGAUCUCAACGCUGGCCUACUCGACCAACAAUAUGUCCUCAAAUGGGUCCAAAAGCACAUCCACAACUUCGGUGGCAAUCCCAAUAAUGUCACAAUUUGGGGCCAGUCCGCCGGAGCAGGAUCAGUCGUCGCUCAAGUCCUCGCAAAUGGCCGAAACGGGCAGCCCAAACUGUUCUCCAAAGCCCUAGCCAGUUCACCCUUCUGGCCAAAGACAUACGCCUACAACGCCCCACAGUCAGAAGCAAUCUUUACCCAGCUUGCCAAUUUGACCGAUUGUACGCGCGCGCAGAAGCAGAAGACAUUAGCUUGUCUCAAGUCAGUAGAUGUGCAGAAAAUCCGGGAUGCAAACCUCAUCAUUUCUGCAAGCAAUACCUGGACCACGAGCUCAUAUACAUGGGCACCUGUUAUAGAUGGGGAGUUCCUCGUCGAGACACUGACUGAGACUUUGAAUGGUGGCGGAGUCAACACGCAGUUCGUUUGGGGCAUGUAUAACACCCACGAAGGGGAGAAUUUUAUCCCGUCUGGUUUGAAGAGUGAAGAUGGAAAUGGCUUCAACUCGUCCGCUGCAAGUUUCCAUGACUGGUUGACUGGAUUCGUACCCGGAUUGUCAGAUCAAGAGAUCGACGAAGCUGAGUCGAUCCAUUACCCGGCUGCAGGAUCCACCGAGAGUAUACAAGUUUACAAUUCCUCAUACGUACGGGCUGGGCUAGUUUAUCGUGACGUUGUUCUCGCUUGUCCGGCAUAUUGGAUUUCGUCUGCUGCUUCGGCGAAGGGAUAUCUGGGGGAGUACACAAUUUCGCCGGCGACACAUGGAAGUGAUACAAUCUAUUGGAACCGUAUCAACGCUGUUCAGCAGACAAAUCCUGUCGUGUAUGAAGGUUACGCGGGUGCAUUUGCGAGUUUCUUUCAAACCGGUGAUCCGAAUGCGCAUAAAGUGACCAACUCCUCGCAGCCGGGCGUACCGCUGCUCAAGUCUACGGGCGAGGAAUUUUUGAUCGUGGAUGAUGGUUUUGAGAAUGUCAAGCUAGCUGAGUUGAAGAGCAGGUGCGACUUUUGGCGCAGCUUGGGUAAGAAGAUACCAGUGUGA